AUGGAAUCACUCUGCCUUCCUCUAAUAGAUCUACCUACCCCCCAAACUGUUACUAUGCUUGAUGGGUCAAGCCCCCAGGCUGGCAAAAUCUGGAAGAAGGCUAAUCUAACCUUCUCCCUUGAUGGCAAACAUAUGACUGAGACAUUCCUAAUCUGCAAUACAGGGCCUCAUGCCUCUAUCUUGGGAUUGAAAUUGCUAGACACCCAUAAUCCAGAAAUUGACUGGAACACGCGUACCCUUACCUUCCCCCAUGCACCACUGGAACAUGCGGCUAUUGCUGAGGAGGAGGAAGCCAACAAGAACCCCCUUGAAGGAGUACCCCCAGAAUACCAUCAGUACACCAAGGUAUUUGGGGAGGAAGAAUUCAACAAGCUUCCCCCACACCAGCACUAUGACAUUGGGAUCAAACUUACCAAGGACAGGCCCCUCAACUUGCCCCUUUAUAGCAUGACCAAUGCCAAAUCUGCCACACUCAAAGAUUGGCUCAGGGAUGAACUCAAGGCUGGGAAAAUCCGUCCCAGCAAAUGA